AUGAUUCGGCAGGGGAGUUUUGUGAAUGGCUUGCUGGCACAUUUGCUCAUUGUGCCAGCAUGGGUGAUCCCUCCAGGAUUGCUCCUUGGCUCAUUGGCCACGGCAUGUUCUCCACUCGGGAUCAUUGGCAUCCUUGUUGCGCUGGGCCUGAUGGCGGGGCUUGUGUCAGGUCCGAAGAAGCUGCGACCUGCUUUGUGCCUCUUGGUCAUUGGUUUGGCUGGCAGCUCGAAGAAAGCUCCUGCCAUUGCAGCAGCACUCUUCGCGAGCUUUUUGACUUGGCUCGUCACCCGCAGAGGCAAGAUCCAGCCACGACCAUGGCUGUUCAAAUAUGUGAGCACCUGGGCCAAGGAUUAUUACUCUAGCACCGCUCUGCGGGGAGCACUGGAUGACAUCCGCCCGGAAAAGAGCUUCCUGGGAUUCCAUCCUCAUGGCUGUCUUUGUGCCGGGUUCACCAUCAACGCCACGUUCAACCCCGACUUUAUCCGUGCUUGCAAGCGCGUGUUCUUCUUGUGCGAUCCUGCCCUAAGGCACAAGAAUCCUGGAUUUCGGCUCAUGAGUGAGGCAUAUGAGACUGAGGAUCAUGCCAUUGAAGCUUGCGAUGCUCCAGGCUUCAAGAAACAAAUGGCAUCAGGCGUCAAUGUUGCUUUUAACCCUGGGGGCUUUAUGGAUGCGAGCGUCUUUGAGCACGGCAAGGAUGCAUGCGUUCUUCAAAGCAAGAAGGGCUUCAUCAAAUAUUGUUUGCAGUUUGGAUAUCGAGCCCACCCUGUCUACACGUUCGGAGAAUGCGAGACGUACCAUACCUUCACAGGUCUGAGGUCUGUCCGCAAGAAGCUGGCUGCUAACAAUGUGCCCGCGGUGGCCUUCUUCGGCUGGCCGCUCUUGCCCAUCCUCCCGCGACCAGACGCGAAAAUCCUCACUUAUGUUGGCCCUGGAAUCGACAUGCCGCACAUCGAACAACCAACGCAAGAAGAUGUGGAUCACUGGCACAAGGUUUACACGGAAGGGCUGCAGAAGCUUUUUGACGAGAAGAAGGCUCUGCAGUCUCCGAGGCAGACCGGAGGGGCAUCGAUGGCUGUCGUUAGAUCAAAGAGCCGUGGCGAAACGAGAAGGUCCAACCCAUCCCGCGGAGCUUUACCUCCUCCUCGAGGACUUUCCUGCAAAGGCCCUGUCCCUGAAGCGGACCAAUCAGAGGAUGCGGAGUUGCGGCUCGGCUGCUUUGAGAUGCAAACAACAGAAGUAAAGCGUCUCAGGCCGAACAGUCCAUCAGUGAAGGCACCGCUGGCAGCUGCUCCAAAGCCACCAGCGCCUGGCCCAAAGCCAAAGCCCCCAGUGCCCAAGGUGGAUGUGGAAGCAGCCCAGCUUGCCAAGGAGCAAACCCAACGCCGUGAGCGGGAGUACUUCAAGCCUUAUAUAGGUGAGCCUUGUGGCCCUGAGAAUCGAUUUUUGGUCGAAGGACCCCUGGGCAGAGGUUCCUUCAGCAGUGUUUUCCGCUGCUCUGAUACCAAAGGUCGUGGGAAGGAGUAUGCUGUGAAGUUUAUUCGAGACAACCCUGGUUUGCGUAAAGCCACAGAGGCUGAAGUUCGGCUGAUGCGGCGCAUCAGAACCAAGGCGGUUGAGAAGGAUUCGGAAGGGGCCAACUGCUUGCUGGGCCUCGCUGGGGUAGAGACGUUCAUGCACCAUGGGCACUUGGCGUUGAUCUUCCAUUUGCAGCGUUAUGACUUGCGCACGGCCCUCCGGCGCCUGGGAGAACGCCGAGGCUUUCCGCUGCAGGACUUGGAGCGAUAUGCUGGGGAUUUGUUUCUCGCAUUGCGUGCUCUUCGUGCCAUCAGGAUCAUUCACACAGAUAUCAAGCCAGACAACCUCUUGAUGUCUUUGGACAAAAAGUCGGUGAAACUAUCCGACUUUGGUUGUGCGAUUGAUACCCAAGACGAAGUGCAAAUCAAACACAUCCGGAGAGCUUAUGCCAGCAGUUAUCGUGCUCCAGAGAUCAUUCUGGGGCAAUCGUACAGUACCCGAGCAGAUAUGUGGAGUGCUGCGGCAACACUGUUUGAGCUGGCAGAUGGACGAGUGCUAUUUGCGGAAAGCUCCAACAAUACUAUGCUUUAUGACAUGCUAAAGACGUGCGGGCCUUUCAAAAAGGCAUUCGCAACAGUGGGAAAAAAUUCUUUGAAACACUUCAGCAUUGAGGGUGACUUCAAGAGAAGAAAGACUGACGGCAACGAGCAACUACUGCCCAUGCGCCGAUUUGCAAAGCCGGCCAAGCCUCCACUUCUGUCGCGUUUGCGAGAAAAGUUGGAGGAUGUGCGGCUGGAUCAUUUCGCUGGUCUUCUAAGCAAAUGUUUGGUGCCGGAACCUGCGCAGCGACUGGCUCCUGAAGAUGCUCUACAGCAUGACUUUUUGAGGAGCUCUCGAUGA